AUUUGGUUUACUGUUCAAACCGGACUGCGGCACGUCUACUGAGGUGGCUACUCUAAAACCUCCGCCGGCUGGAAGGUCUUCAAAAAAACUUAAAAUUUGAAAGCUCCAUUCUUGGUUCCUAGCAGAAUGGUGACAAACCCCGUAGCUCUCGCCCCAAACUCUCAGCUCUUAUGCCGUUUUCUGGUGUUUUCUAGCAGACCCCUGUUGCAUUUUGGUCAAAAAGCUCAAGGGUCCUUCAAACCUGUUCAGAUAGUUGGGUUUAGGGCUUCUUCGUCGUGCAGUUCCUAUUUGUUUCCGCUUAAUUCUACUCAUGGGACUAUGCUUAAGGACUUGAGAUGUUCUAAGUUGGGAUGGCAAUUGAAUUAUGACCGAAUUUGUGCUUCGGCUGUUUCAAAUGGCGGCUCCGGUGGUGUUGGCGGGCUCGGGGGCUCUGGCAAUGGGAAUUCUGGCGGCAGCGGUGACAGUUGUGGCGGCAGCAGUGGUGAUGGUGGAAAUAGCUGGUCCUUUGUUUCAUGGUAUUUGAAUCUUCUUGCCAAGUAUCCUGUGUUGACAAAAGCUUUGACAUCUGCAAUUUUGACAUUUAUUGGAGACUUGGUCUGCCAGCUGGUGAUCGAUCAAGUUCCAUCUCUUGACGUAAAAAGGACACUUCUGUUUACUUUCUUGGGAUUGGUACUAGUGGGUCCCACAUUGCAUUUCUGGUAUUUGUAUCUGAGUAAAUUAGUAACACUGCCUGGAGCAUCAGGUGCAUUCUUGCGUCUCCUUGUUGAUCAGUUCGUUUUUUCCCCGAUUUUCAUUGGAGUUUUCUUGUCUACAUUGGUGACAUUAGAAGGAAGGCCUGAACAAGUUGUCCCCAAGCUGCAACAGGAGUGGUUUUCUGCUGUUCUUGCAAAUUGGCAACUGUGGAUACCCUUUCAAUUUCUGAACUUCCGAUUUGUCCCACAGCAAUUUCAGGUUCUUGCUGCUAAUGGUAUUGCUUUAAUUUGGAAUGUAAUUCUCUCAUUCAAAGCUCACAAAGAUGUUAUCCCAAAAUAGCAGACAUAACUGCCGUCCCACACGGCGGCCAUUUGGAAGGCGAGUAUGGGUAGCUGUAAUAAAAAUUUUGUCUCAUUUCUCCAGCGAGAGCUAUUCACCGGUAGAUGCUCCUCCUUGGAUGUUCCUAAUAGUUAUUUACAGAGGUUAGUGUUAGUACCUGUAUCAUCAUCUUCGGCUACUUCAAAAUUGGGAUGUGGAACCAUUAUCAUUGUAAAAACAUGAGGCUUUUUUUAUUAUUUUAUUAUUUUUGCUUCUUUACAUUUCACUGGUGACAAUUACUGUGUGGUCUUAAAGGUAGAUUUGUGUGUUUUUAAA